AAAAAGGGAGGAAAAAAAAAAAAAAGUGAAAAAUUUUCGCGUGAAAUUUUGAAACGCCCACCAAAAACCAAUCCCAGCCCGCGCCUUCGAAGGCCUAAAAACACAAACUUUAAAAACGCCCAAAAAUUUUUCCCACACAAACACAAAAAUUCCCAAAUUUCGUUUUCUUCUCUCUUUUGCUUUCAUCAGUCAAAUCUCCCAUGGCGUCGGAAGCCCUAGAGGAGGAGAAGAAGAAGGCCGAAGACGGAGCUCCUGCGGAGGAGAAGCCGGAGGGCGAGAAAGUGGAGGCGGAGGAGGAGGAGGAGGAGGAGAAGGAUGAAGGUGAUGAGAAAGAAGAGGAUGCGGAGAAGGAGAAUGUUCCAGAAGGUUCUUCCGAGAAAGUAGUUGCGGAGGAGAACGAGGAGGAGAAAGCUGCGGAGGAGAAGGGAGAAGGUGAAGAAGGAGGCGAGGAGGAGAAAGAGAAGGAGAAGGAAGGUGAAGAGAGCGAGGAGGAGGAGGAGGAGAGAGAAGGCGAGGAAAAAGAGGAAGAAGAGAAGAAAGCGGAGAAGAAGGAUCUGGUUACUCCGGCGAGCGAUAGGCCGACAAGGGAGAGGAAAGUGGUAGAGCGCUACUCCGCGCCGUCGACGGGGAGGUCGCCGGCGAGCAAAGGGUUGUCAAUUGAAAAGGGUCGUGGAACGCAGCUCAAAGAAAUUCCAAAUGUGGCUUUCAAGUUGGGAAAGAGAAAAGCUGAUGACAACCUUCAAUUACUUCACACAAUUCUUUUUGGGAAAAAAGCAAAGGCACAUAGUUUGAAGAGAAAUAUUGGCCAGUUUUCAGGUUAUGUUUGGGUUGAGAAUGAGCAAGAAAAGCAGAGGGCAAAAGUGAAAGAGAAGCUUGAUAAAUGUGUCAAGGAAAAACUGAUGUAUUUCUGUGAAUUUCUUAAUAUUCCAAUUAGUAGGUCUACUACAAAAAAGGAAGAACUUUCUGCAAAAUUACUGGAGUUUCUGGAGUCCCCACAUGCUACUACUGAUGAGUUGCUCGCUGAUAAGGAACAGAAAGGCCAAAAGCGGAGGAGGAAGGUCACACCAGGCAAGGGUGGCAGUUCAGAAGCAUCUCCAGAAACACCUGCCAAGAAACAAAAAAAAUUGCCAAGUGCUGGGAAAAAGACAAAGAGUUCAUCCAAAGUUCAAGAAGAUGAGAAUAGUGAUAAAGCUGAAUCUUCAGAUGCAAAAGAUGAUUCUCAUGAGGAAGAUGAUGGUGAUUCAAUGAGCGAACAAAGUGUCCAUUCAGAUAAAUCUGAUGACAGAGAUGAUGAAUCAAAAGAUAAGUUGUCAAGUCCCAAAAGGUCAUCCAAAAAGACCCAAAAGGAGGGCUCAAAGUCGAAGGUUAAAACUGGAGACAAAGCUACACCCGUCAAAAAGAGCACUCCAGGGAAAUCGGACAAGAAAUCAGCAGAGUCUAUGAAGAAAUCUAAAUCUACCUCGAAAAAAGGUGGAAGUGAGGCUGAUGGAACUUCGGGUUCCAAGUCAAAGGGAUCUGCAUCGAAGAAACAGAAGAUUGAAAAGGAAAGCCAGAAGGACGCUAAGGUGAAAGUUGCAAGCAAAAAGUCAUCAAGCAAAUCUCCAGUAAAGGUUUCAGCCAAGGAUCAAGGGAAAGGUAAAAAUAGCAAAAAGGCCAAGGCAGCAGAGCCUUCCAAAAAGGAUUUGCAUGCAGUAAUUGUUGAUAUUCUGAAAGAAGUUGAUUUCAAUACGGCGACUUUAUCUGACAUUCUGAGGCAACUAGGUGCCCACUUUGGGGUGGAUUUAAUGCAUAGAAAAGCUGAGGUGAAGGAUCUAAUUACUGAAGUGAUAAACAACAUGACUGAUGAGGAAGAUGAAGGGGAUGAUGCUGAAGCUGGUGAUGAUACCGAGAAAGAUGGAGACAAGGAUGAGGAUGACGAUGAUGAUGCUUAGUUCGUCUGUGGCUCGGAAACUUGUAUAUUUUGCAAAUCAUAUGAUCCAUAUUUGUGGUGAAUUCAUUAGGUAGUUCAACUUUCUUUUAUAGGUUAUUAUCAUAUCAGCAGUUUCGGAUGAUAACUACCUUGGAUACUUCUGAACGUAGCGACCUUUUGCAGAUAAAUGUGCUCAACUGGGUUUGUUUGUACCAUAUCAAUUGACUUUUCUGUAGUGUUGAGCAGAUCUUAAUUUACUUAGAGUUAUAUAUUCUUUUUUUUUGGUAAUUUUUUUUUCCUACUCUAAAAUUGUUUAGUUGUAACUGUUAA